CCCUCCUCCUCGCCUCCCCUUGCCUCCUCCCCCUCCUCCUCCGCUCGCCCUCAGAGCUGGGUGUCCCAGCUGCCCGCCCACCUGGGAGAGGGCCACCGGUCCCACCUGCUGGCGCUGUUCGACUGGCUGGUGCCGGUCAGCCUGAGGUUCAUACGCAGGGAGCUAAAGGAGUCCGCCCCCACGCUGGACGCCAACCUGGCCACCACCCUCAUGCGCUACAUCACCGCGUCCAUGGACCACAUGCAGGACGAGGCCUCCUACUCCUCCAUGACCGACUCCCGCAUCUGUCUGCACCUGGAGUCCCUCUUCCUGUUCGCACUGGUGUGGUCGGUGGGCGGCAGCGGCGCCGACAACAUGGCGCGACACCACUUCGACGCAUUCAUCCGGGCGGCGGUGGGGGAGCGGCUGCAAGCCUACACAUCGCCCUCGGGGGAAAUGUACACGCUGCCUGAGGACAUCCCCGUGGGGCACACCCGGCUCAAGAACUCCGAGAUGAUGCCCCUCACGCUGCCCGGCACCGACCCGCCCCCCGGCGGCCGCUACAGCGUGUACGACUUCUUCUUCGACUGCGAGCGCGACUGCUGGCGGCUGUGGAGCGAGCUGAUCGACACCACACCCAUCCCCAGCGAUGCAAAGUUCAGGCGCAUCAUCAUCCCCUCCAUCGACACCGUGCGCUACUCCUUCCUGCUGGACAAGGGGGUGGGGCACGCGCAACCCGUACUCAUAGUGGGGCCCACGGGCACAGGCAAGUCGGUUCUGGUUCAGAAGUACCUGUACGGCCUCCCCCCCGACACCUACGUGCCGCCCAACGUGAUCGGCUUCUCCGCGCGCACCACCGCCAACGCCACGCAGCACCUCAUCGACGCCAAGCUGGACAGGCGGCGGAGGGGGGUGUUCGGGCCGCCGGUGGGGAAGAGGGCGGUGGUGUUCGUGGACGACCUCAACAUGCCGCAGUUGGAGACGUACGGCGCCCAGCCGCCCAUCGAGCUGCUGCGUCAGUUCAUGGACCACGGCGGCUGGUACGACCGGCAGAACUGCUUCCGGCGGCUUGACGACGUGCUGUUCGUGGCGGCCAUGGGGCCCCCGGGCGGCGGGCGCAACCCCAUCACCCCCCGCUACGCGCGCCACUUCAACUUGGUGUCCAUUGUGGACUUCGACGAGACCACACUGGGGCGCAUCUUCUCCACGCUGCUGGCGUGGCACCUGGACGUCAGGAGCUUCCCCAACUACAUCAAGGAGCUGCGCGACCCCAUCAUCAGCGCCACCCUCUCCGUGUACACCCGGGUGGCCGCCCAGCUGCUGCCCACCCCCACCCGCUCCCACUACACCUUCAACCUGCGCGACAUAUCGCGGGUGAUGCAGGGCUUCCUGCUGCUGCCGCCGCAGCUGCUGGGGGCCAGCCCGGUGCAGGCCAAGGAGAAGUACCUGCGACUGUGGGCGCAUGAGAUCCUGCGUGUGUUCUACGACCGGCUGGUUGACGACCGCGACCGCACCUGGUUCCUGUCCUUCCUGCGCACCGUCAUGAAGGAGCGGCUGGGAGCGGAGUUCGACUCGCUGUUCGCGCACCUGCGGCCGCAGGGGGCCGGCGGGGAGGGGGGCGGCGAGGUGACCAUCGAGGGCGUGCGGCGCUGCUUCUUCGGGGACUACAUGGACGAUAACGAGGACCCCGCCCUCCGGCAGUACGACGAGGUGACGGACAUCCCCUCCCUCACCGCCCGCGUGGAGGAGAUGCUGGCGGACCACAACGCCACCUCCAAGCGCCCCAUGAACCUGGCGGUCUUCCUGUACGCGGUGGAGCACAUCAGCCGCAUCACCCGCGUGCUCAAGCAGCCGGGCGGGCACCUGCUGCUGGUGGGGGUGGGAGGCAGCGGGCGGCAGAGCCUGGCGAGGCUGGCGGCGUUCAUUUGCGGCAUGGUGGCGUUCCAGGUUGAGAUCAGCAAGAGCUACGGCCCCGCCGAGUGGCGUGAGGACCUGAAGCGCUUCGUACGCGCUGCCGGCGGCGACAACCGGCCCUCCGUCUUCCUGUUCAGCGACUCGCAGAUCAAGGCGGAGAGCUUCGUGGAGGACGUGAACAACCUGCUGAACAGCGGCGAGGUGCCCAACAUGUUCCCCUACGACGAGCGCGCGGCGGUGCUGGAGCAGUGCAGGGCGGCGUCCAAGAGGGAGGGGCUGGCGCUGGAGACGGCGGUGGAGCUGUGGGCCUACUUUGUGGACAAGACGCGGGACAACCUGCACAUCGUGCUGGCCAUGAGCCCCAUCGGGGACGCAUUCCGAGAGCGGCUGCGGCAGUUCCCCUCGCUCGUCAACUGCUGCACGAUUGACUGGUUCACCGCCUGGCCCGACGACGCGCUGGAGGCGGUUGCCAUGAAGUUCCUGCGGGAUGUGGACCUCACACCCGAACAGCGCAACCAGGUUAUGCUGCAGUGCAAGAUGUUCCACGAGGACGUGCGGCAGCUGAGCGAGGCCUUCCGGUCGGAGCAGGGGCGCAUCAACUACGUGACGCCCACCUCCUACCUGGAGCUCAUCACCUGCUUCACAACACUGCUGGGGGCAAAGCGGGCAGAGGUGUCCGCUGCCAAGCGGCGCUACGAGGUGGGUCUCGACAAGCUGCAGUUCACCGCCAGCCAGGUGAGCAUCAUGCAGGACGAGCUGACGGCGCUGAAGCCGGUGCUCAUCCGCACGGUGGAGGAGACGGAGCGGCUGAUGGCAACCGUGUCAAAGGAGAAGACGGAGGUUGUUGAGCCCAAAAAGGCGAUUGUGGACCAGGACGUGAAGCGCGCGGAGGGCGCUGCGGCGGCAGCCAACGCCAUCAAGACGGAGUGCGAGGACGCGCUGGCGGAGGCGAUUCCCAUCCUGGAGGCCGCCAUCAGCGCGCUUGACACCAUCAAGCCCGCCGACAUCAAGCUGGUGCAGAGCUUCAAGAACCCGCCCUCCACCAUCAAGCUGGUCAUGGAGGCGGUGUGCGUGCUGCUGGACAUAAAGCCACAGAGGAUCAAGGACCCCAGCGGCAGCGGCAAGAUGAUCGACGACUACUGGGGCUCCGCGCAGAAGCUACUGGCGGACCCGCUGUUCGUGAAGACACUCAAGGAGUACGACAAGGAUGCGGUGCCGCCCCGCAUCAUCGAGCGCAUCCGCCGCGAGUUCACCUCCAACCCCGAGUUCACCCCCAACAACGCGGCCAAGGCAUCCAGUGCCGCUGAGGGUCUGUGCAAGUGGGUGUGCGCCAUGGACCAGUACGACCGGGUGGCCAAGGUGGUGGCGCCCAAGCGGGAGGCGCUGGCGGUGGCGGAGGCGGAGUACGGCAAGGUCAUGGACGCGCUCAAGGCCAAGCAAGCCGACCUGGCUGAGGUGAUGGGGCGACUGGCCACCCUGGAGCGACAGCUGGAGCGGAGCAUGGCGGAGAAGUCCAGGCUGGAGGCUGAGACCGAGCUGUGCACCGCCAAGCUGGAGCGCGCCGAGAAGCUGAUCAGCGGUCUGGGCGGCGAGAAGACGCGGUGGACGGAGGCGGCCGCGCAGCUGGGCGGGCAGUACGAGUGCCUGACAGGCGACAUGCUGAUCGCGGCGGGGGUGAUCGGCUACCUGGGCGCCUUCACAGCAGCGUACCGGGAGCAAGUGGUGGGCAAGUGGGUGGGCGGCUGCGCGGCAGCGCGCAUACCCCGCAGCGCCAACUUCAGUCUCUCCGCGGCGCUGGGCGACCCCGUGAAGAUCCGCUCCUGGACGAUUGACGGGCUGCCCAACGACGCCUUCUCCAUUGAUAAUGCGAUCAUGGUGGCCAAUGCGCGGCGCUGGCCGCUGAUGAUCGACCCGCAGUCGCAGGCCAACAAGUGGGUCAAGAGCAUGGAGGGGCGGCGCGACCUGCGUGUGAUCAAGCUGACUGACGGCGACUACAUGCGCACGUUGGAGAACGCGGUGCAGUUCGGGCUGCCGGUGCUGCUGGAGAACGUGGGGGAGGAGCUGGACCCCUCGCUGGAGCCGCUGCUGCUGAAGCAGGUGUUCAAGCAGGGCGGUGUGUCCUACCUGCGGCUGGGCGACACCACAGUGGAGUUCUCCGACCAGUUCAGGUUCUACAUCACCACUGCGCUCCGCAACCCGCACUACCUGCCCGAGACAGCCGUCAAGGUGACGCUGCUCAACUUCAUGAUCACCCCCGACGGGCUGGCGGACCAGCUGCUGGGGGUGGUGGUGGCGCAGGAGCGACCCGACCUGGAGGAGCAGCGGCAGCAGCUGGUUGUCGAGAGCGCCGAGAACAAGAAGAGGCUGGCGGAGAUCGAGGACCGCAUCCUGCAGGUGCUCUCCUCCUCGCAGGGUAACAUCCUGGAGGACGCUACCGCCAUCCAGAUCCUGUCCGAGGCCAAGGCGGUCUCCAACGAGAUCCAGAUCAAGCAGCAGGCCGCCGAGCUGACCGAGCGAGCCAUCGAGCAGGCGCGCACCUGCUACGCCCCCUGCGGCGCCUUCAACGCCACGCUGUUCUUCUGCAUCCGAGACAUGGCGGCCGUGGACCCCAUGUACCAGUACAGCCUGGCAUGGUUCCUCAAGCUGUUCGUGAGGUCCAUCCAGCAGGCCCCGCGCGGAGGAUGUGGCGGAGCGGCUGCGGAACAUCAACGACCACUUCACCUACGCGCUCUACCAGAACAUAUGCAGGUCCCUGUUUGAGAAGGACAAGCUGCUGUUCGCCUUCCUGCUCUCCGCGCGCAUAUCCAUGAGCGCCUCCAUGGCCGGCACGGAGGGGCGCCUGGAGCCGCAGCUCUACACCUUCCUGCUCACCGGCGGGGUGGGGGUGCCGGAGCGGGAGGUGGCGCGGCCCGAGGGGGCGGACUGGCUGAGCGCCAAGGCGUGGGGCGAGCUGCUGCGCGCACCCAACGUGUGUCCCGCGUUCGAGGGGCUGCCGGAGAUGAUUGCUGGGUGCCCGGACGAGUGGAAGGCGCUGUUCGACAGCGUGGAGCCGCAGAACAUGGAGCUGCCUCUAGGCUUCAGCGAGCGGCUGGGUCCCUUCCAGAAGGUGCUGCUGCUGCGCAUGCUGCGCCCCGACAAGGUGGUCCCCGCGGUGCAGCACUUCGUGGCCUCCUCGCUGGGGCCGCGCUUCACGGAGCCGCCGCCCUUCGACCUAGCGGGCUCCUACGAUGAGAGCAGCUGCAACGUGCCGCUGCUUUUCGUGCUGUCGCCGGGGUCCGACCCCACGGCGGCGCUGCUGCAGUUCGCGGAGUCGCGGGGGUACGGCAGCCGCAUCGCGGUGAUCAGCAUGGGACAGGGGCAGGGGCCCAAGGCGGCGGCGCUCAUCGAGACGGCGAGGAAGGCCGGCACUUGGGUGCUGCUCCAGAACUGCCACCUUGCCCCCAGCUGGAUGACCAGUCUGGAGAAGAUCUGCGAGACCAUCCGCCCCGACAACACGGACGCGGACUUCAGGCUAUGGAUGACCUCCAUGCCCAGUCCCGCCUUCCCCGUCUCCAUUCUGCAGGGCAGCGUCAAGAUGACGAACGAGCCGCCUGCGGGGCUGCGAGCCAACCUGCGCCGCUCCUACGCGCUGGAGCCCAUCUGCAACACAGACUUCUUCGAGGGUUGCCGUCAGCCCGGCGCCUUCAAGUCGCUGCUGUUCGGGCUGUGCUUCCUGCACGCCUUCGUGCAGGAGCGGCGCAAGUUCGGACCCAUCGGCUGGAACAUCCCCUACGGCUUCGACGACGGCGACCUGCGCAUCAGUGUGCGCCAGCUGCACAUGUACCUGGACGACGCGGCGCCGCCCCCCGGCGAGGACGGCGCCCCGCCGCCGCAGUCCGCCGCCUCCGUGCCCUUCGCCGCGCUGAGCUACGCCAUUGGAGAGUGCAACUACGGCGGCCGUGUGACGGACGACAAGGACCGCCGGCUGCUGCUGACGGCACUGCAGCGGAUCUACAGACCCGAGGCGCUGGCGGGGGAGGGCGAGGAGCCGUUCAGGCUGAGCGCGUCAGGCACCUACUACAUCCCCCCCGAGGGCCCCCACGACUCCUACCUCGCCUACAUCGCCAGCCUGCCCAUCUUCCCUCUGCCCGAGGCCUUCGGGCUGCACGAGAACGCGGACAUCACCAAGGACCUGCAGGAGACCGCCGGCAUGCUGGACACGCUGGUGCUGACGGGCGGCGGAGGGGGCGGCGGCGGGGGCGGGGGAGGCGGCGGCGGCGCUAACGAGGAGGAGAUGGUGGGGGCCAUGGUGGAGGACAUCCUGCGCCGCCUGCCGCCCAACUUCGACGUGGAGAAGGCGCAGGCGCGCUACCCGGUUCGCUACGAGGAGAGUCUGAACCAGGUGCUGUGUCAGGAGAUGCUGCGGUACAAUCGGCUGCUUGCGGUGAUCCGCGCCUCGCUGAGCAGCCUGGGCAAGGCGCUGAGCGGGCUGCAGGUGUUGUCGGCGGAGCUGGACACGGUGCUCAGGUCCAUGGCUCUGGGUCAGGUUCCCGCGCUGUGGCGCAGCAAGUCCUUCCCCUCGCUCAAGCCGCUUGCCUCCUACGUGGCGGACCUGCUGGCGCGGCUGGCCAUGCUGCAGAGCUGGUACGAGCAGGGCCCGCCCGCGGUGUUCUGGCUGUCGGGCUUCUUCUUCACGCCCUCCUUCACCACAGCGGCGCUGCAGAACUACGCUCGCAAGCACAAGCUGCCCAUCGACACGGUUGGGUUCGACUUUGUGAUGAUGGGUACCGACCCCGCCGCCUACCCCACCCCGCCCGAGGACGGCGCGUACGUGCACGGGCUGUUCCUGGAGGGUUGCGCUUGGGACCCCACCGCGCGGCAGCUGUGCGAGAGCCGACCCAAGGUGCUGUUCGAGGCCGCCCCGGUGGUGUGGCUGCAGCCCCGCCCCGCCGACCAGUUCUCCGAGGACAGCGCCUACGACUGCCCCGUCUACCGCACCGCGGAGCGCAAGGGCGUGCUGGCCACCACCGGGCACUCCACCAACUUCCUGAUGAUGAUCCGCAUGCCCUCCGCCCGCCCGCAGUGGCACUGGACGCUGAGGGGCGUGUGCAUGCUGUGCUCGCUGUCGGACUGAGAGGGGGA